UGAACAAGUGUUCCGUAUUGAAAUUGCUGAUAAGAAUGAUCAUGCUCCAAAAUUCACCCAGUCUGUUUAUGAAGCUGAAGAAAUUCCAGAAGAUGCUAAUCUAAAUGCUUUGGUAACUGAAGUGAAAGCUUUAGACCAAGAUACUGCCUCACCUGUCACAUACAGUAUUGUUGAAGGCAAUACUUUCAAUGCUUUUUUAAUUGAAAAUACCACUGGUAAAAUCAAAGUUAAUAGUCAACUAGAUUAUGAAAAUAUUACAAAUUAUGUUUUAAAAGUGAGAGCUUAUGAUGGGCGUUAUGAAGAUUUUUGUACUGUAGAAAUUAAAAUAUCUAAUGUCAAUGAUAUGCAACCUGUAUUCCGCCAAUAUGAGAGUAAUAUUACAAUCAUGGAAGAAGAACUAGUUCCAGGAUGUAUAACUAAAUUGGAAGCUUAUGAUCCUGAUAUUCAAGAUCAAUCAUUGGAUCAACAUAUUGUUUACUCAGUAGUAAAAGAAGACCAACGUAAAUUGAUGACUAUUGAUAAAAACGGAUGCCUUUCAUUAAUUAAACCUUUAGAUCGUGAUCCACCUAAUGGUUAUGCUACUUGGCAAGUCAUUAUACAAGCAACAGACAAUGGUGGAAUUCCAAAAUGUUUACAACAAACUACAGAGGUUAUUAUUGUUUUGAGGGAUAUUAAUGACAAUGCUCCAUUUUUAGAUAUGCCUGGUCCAGUAGUAUGGCGUGAAAAUCAAUCACCUGGCACUAUAACUAGAUUACAAGCUAAAGACAAUGAUGGACCUGAAAAUGGUGCUCCAUUUGAAUUUUCAAUUUCACCCGAUGCUUCUUAUGAAAUACAAACUAAAUUUGGAAUUUCUGGUACAUAA